AUGGAUGAAAACGAUGAAUUCUGGGUAGUCACUUCACCCCCAUCUCUCAAACAGAAACUCAAGAACUCUCUUUGCUUUUCCUGUUGCUUCCCUCACCGCCGUCCUCCGCCACCUCAGCCUUCAUCCUCCGAUGAAAAUCCGGGUCUAAUCUGGUUCAACCCGGAAGAACCCAGUAACCUCCCGAAUUUAAAAGACAAGGUCUUAACUGCUCUCAGUUUCGUUGGAAAUAGGCAUAAAAGACACUCUUCUACGGAGUUUCGUUAUGAUCCCUUGAGUUAUUCCCUUAAUUUUGAAGAUGGGUUUAGUAAUAAUAAUGACGAAGAAGAAGCACCUUUGAGGAAUUUUUCUUCUAGACUCCCUCCUUCACCACCGGUGAAACCUAUGUCUGUGAGGGAAGUAACUGCUGCAACCUAA